UGAUCAGCUGUGUUCAAUCACAGCUGAUCACAUGGCACUGAAAAUCAGUGUGCCCUGAUGAUCAGUGUAGCCCCAGCAGCGCCAACUGUCAGUGUCCAUCAGUGCCUUAUGUCAGUGCUCAUCAGUGCCUCGUGCCAGUGCCCAUCAGUGCCACAUCAAUGCCACAUAUCAGUGCCUACCAGUGCACAUCAAUGCCACAUAACAGUGUCCAUCUGAGCUGCCUUUCAGUGUCACCCAUCAGUGCCAAUCAGUGCCACCUAUCAAUGCCAAUCAGUGCCGCCUAUCAGUGCUGCCAAUCAGUGCCACCUAUCAGUGCCAGUCAGUGCCGUCUAUCAGUGCCGUCUAUCAGUGCCAGUCAGUGCUGCCUAUCAGUGCCGCCUAUCAGUGCUGCCUUUCAGUGCCCAUCAGUGAUGCCUGUCAAUGCCCAUCAG